AUGACUUACGCCCAGCAUCUAGUUCACCUGAUAACUUCAAGAGAAAAUCUUGUUUAUGUUCUGGAGUCUGGAGAACAUCAAGAGCUGUCUCUGGAGUCUGGAGAACAUCCAGAGCUGUCUCUGAAGUCUGGAGAACAUCCAGAGUUGUCUCUGGAGUCUGGAGAACAUCAAGAGCUGUCUCUGGAGUCUGGAGAACAUCCAGAGUCUGGAGAACAUCAAGAGUUGUCUCUGGAGUCUGGAGAACAUCCAGAGUUGUCUCUGGAGUCUGGAGAACAUCAAGAGCUGUCUCUGGAGUCUAGAGAACAUCAAGAGCUGUCUCUGGAGUCUGGAGAACAUCUAGAGCUGUCUCUUGUGUCUGGAGAACAUCAAGAGUUGUCUCUGGAAUCUAGAGAACAUUAA